AAACUACAUUUAGUACAUAUAUAAAAAACAAAAAACAAACAAAAAAACAGUUCCGUUUUUGGGCUGAUCGUAAUAGUAGUGCAGGUAGAACAUGACUGUUUCAAAAAUUCCUUUGGGUGAGUACCAAGUGACUAAAGAUGGAAAGGUCAUCAAGUACUGUUUGGAAAACAUCACAAGCCAGGUGAAAAUGGACGAGGCGCUUGAACACAUGAUAAACUACUUUUUACCCAGAGAACCCCUCUCAAAAUAUUUAGAUGUGUGUAGUGACGAACCAUCGAAAAACAGCGUUAAAAAACUUUGGGCUGAGGCUUUACAAGAUGGGCAUGCUAUCGGGGCAUACUUGCUGAACAGCAACGGUACCAUAGGAAGGCUUAUUGGGACGAACAUAAUAAUAGUUUCGAAUAAAAACGCACCACACGACGAGAUUCUACAAUUAGAAGGCGAACAAUUCCAAAUAAUUUUCAAAACGUUCAAGUCGUUGAUGGAACGUGUCGACGUCUACGAUAGGUACGGCGUGGACGAGUACCUGGAGGGAUUGGGACUGUCCGUACAUCCGGAAUACCACGGGUGCAACUUGGGAUAUAGGAUUUUGGAAAGCAGGGAGAAACUCUGCAAGGCACUAGGUCUUAAUGUGGCGGUGACGAUGUUUACUGCAGCCUCGUCCCAACACAUAGCGAGGAAACUCGGCUAUGAGACCCUCGUGGAAAUAGACUAUGAUGAAGUGAAAAUUGAAGGGCGGUACCCUUAUCGUGGGAUAUGGGAAAAAAUGAAAGAAAAGAAAUUCACUCUUAUGGCACUCGAAUUUAAAUGAUGAUCAUUAAAUACUUAUUAAUAAAUGCAUUGUCGUCA